AUGUCAAAUAUACCACCAGGAGGAGGCGGAAGUGCUGCUCCGCCCCCUUUACGUCCUCCACCAGCUGCUUCCUCCCUUUCCGCACCCCUGAUAGCACGCAUUCCAACUCAAGGCUUCGCAGGUUACAACUUGGCUUGGUCCCCUUUCUAUCCCGACAAGUUAGCCCUUGCAGGAGCUGCAAAUUAUGGCCUGGUGGGCAAUGGUCGGGUGCACAUAUUUGGCACAGGAGCGAUUGGGGGCGCAGGAAGGGGAGGUGGAGCAGCUGGAAUCAGAGUAGAGAAGGGGUGAGUGAGGUGCCUCGGUGGUGGCGUUGCUCAUAGGAAGGCAGCUGCAGCGCACAAAAGAUGCGGCUGGGUACUCGCGGAUGGUGUUGAUGCCGUGUCUUGGUGAGAAGCUGAACCGCUGACUGCCGCACCUCGCGCUCCUCAGCUUUGAUACGCAGGAUGGGUUGUACGAUGUAGCUUGGAGCGAAAUGCACGAGAACCAAUUGGUGACAGGUAGUGGCGAUGGGAGCAUCAAGUUGUGGGACAUUACGCUAGCGGUAAGUAGCGGAGAAGGCUAGACUUGGCACGGGGCGAGGAGCGAGUUGUGCCUGAGCUUAUACGAACAAGAGUCCUUCAUCUUUUCAGGAGCAUCCCAUAAGGAACUGGGCAGAGCACACACGCGAAGUGUUCAGCGUGGACUGGAACAAUCUCAAGAAAGAGCUAUUCGCAUCAAGUAGCUGGGACGGGAGCGUCAGAGUGGUGAGUCGGCUUGUCUCAUCAUCUUGAAAGACCUGAAUCACCGCGCAUAAACUUUGUCCCGCUCAACUCGUUGCUUGCAUCAUCGUUACAGUGGCAUCCCGAACAACCGAGAUCUUUAUUGGCCAUCGGCUCCCAUUCUGCUUGCGUUUAUGGGGUAGCUUGGUCUCCACACAACCCAGACCUUCUCGCUUCAGCUUGUGGAGAUGGGCAUCUGAGGCUGUUCGACGUCCGGCAGGGUCCCAAUGCACCUCCCGCCGCUGCUGUGCCAGUCGGAGGAGAAGUGUUGAGUCUGGAUUGGAACAAGUACAGGCCCACGCAUAUUGCGACUGGCAGCACCGAUCGAGCGAUCAAGGUGUGGGACCUGAGAUCAGCAGUCAACAGAUCCGUGCCGCAGCCACCCGCUUCUUCCGCCGGCGCUGGACCGCUCGGUGGAGAAAUCUCGGCAGUCUUGAUGGGACACGAAUACGCGGUUCGUAGAGUCGCAUGGUCACCUCACAAUGCGAGCACUCUGGGAUCCACAUCGUACGACAUGUCGGCUAGGAUAUGGGACGCUGAUGUUGGAGCUGCAAUCCAAGCUGGACCUCGUAUAGGCGCUCAAGGCGCUCUCAGAAGAAGACACGACGCACAUACGGAGUUUGUGGUGGGCAUGGCUUGGAGCCUGUUUCAACAAGGCGUCGUCGCGACUUGUGCUUGGGACUGCGAAACACAUCUUUGGGCUGCCGGAUAG